AUGGACUUCAUGUUUCAGGCGCCGUUUCUCAUCCCGUGUCUGAUAUUCUUAUCAAUCAUCAUCCCACUCGUCUUAUUACUUGGCGGAAGGAAACGGACUCCUCUGAGCCCGCCCGGCACACCUAACUCCGGGAAACCCUCGCGCGCAAAGAACCCGCCGCGAGAGCCAGGCCAGUGGAUUCCCUCCGAUUUCGAAUUCCCAACCGUGGCGCCUUAUCCUGAUUGGGACCUCGCUUCUACCAAGCCAUUGCCUUACCGUGCGUUCCGAUAUGGCCCCAAGUAUAAUGUGAACAUGGGCCUGCGCUCAACUCCCUAUGAUGAAUGGAUCCAGCUCGAUAAUCACUAUCCAAAAUACCACCACGACAAAGCGGAGCGAAUCAAGGAACGGGGCAGCAAGUGCUGCGCAACGGCGCCAGAGGCUUACCCUGCUGCAAUUGAAUUGCUCGAGGAGUUGGUGAAUUACUUGCCGAAUCGAUAUCCUUCUCUGUUUCAGCGUACCGAUGUCGGAAUCGUGAAUCUGUGGUCAGGAGAGUCGUUCGACAUUACAGAGCGACCACUGAAAGAAGAUCCAAUGUGCAUGGCAGGACGCCUCGUUCAAGAUGAUUUGGCACUCAUGAUUGAAAAGCCGGAUGGUCAGUACUACCUGCUCGCCGGCUCCAUCCUUCUCGCCGGGUUUUGGCGUCUGGAGGACAAAAUCAACAAGUGCAUGUCGGAAAUUCACACCAGUGGCGACGUGCCGCAGUUCAAGGAGAAACUCGAGUCCAGCAUGAUGAAGUUUUUCUCACGACUCAAUUGCCACGAGCUCUACGCACGCAACAACUACUUCAUCCAGGUGGACGACUCCCUGCCCUGGUCAUGGAGCAUCGGUGCCGAGGACGCGCCGGGCUUGAGCUGGCAGACGGCCGAGAAGAACAGGGCGAUUGAGCAUCACUUUUUCCGGUCGGAGCGUCAAACUCUGCGGAGGCUCCCACAAAGCGGUGCUAUUGCUUUUACUAUACGAACAUACUUCCACCCUGUGACUGAAAUUGCUCAAGAAGAUUAUGUGCCGGGACGGCUAGCUAGUGCGAUUUGUAGCUGGGGCGACGAUGUCAGCCGUUACAAGGGUAAAGAGAGAUACGAGGAGGUGCUCCUGGAGUACCUCGAUAAUGAACACCAGAAACAGAUAGAUAGAGGACUAGACUUGACGCGCGAAGACGAUGUGCGGCAGUUUCCUUGGUGA